AUGACUCAAAAAGGUCCAGCUCCUGACGUUGCUACAUACACUACUCUUAUGGGUGGCAUGUUCAAAGUAGGGAGGCUUUUAGGUGCUCAAGAACUCUUUGAGAAUAUGCGUUCUUCUGGUCAAGAUCCAAAUUUUACUACUUACUCUGUUUUGCUAGAUGUCUUGUGCAAACAUGGUCAAAUUGACGUGGCAUUAGAACUAUUUCAGGCAAUGAAAAGCAGUGGGUUGGAACCCUAUAUAGUCCACUAUAAUAUCCUACUUGAUGGUUUGAUUGAAGUUGGGCAAUUCGAGGCUGCAAGGAAACUAUUUUCUCACAUCUUUGUCAUUGAUUUAAAGCCUAGCCUCCCAACAUAUAACAUAAUGAUCAAGGGACUUUGCAAUGAAGGACUACCUGAACAAGCAUAUGACCUUUUCAGGAUGAUGGAAGAAGAUGAUUGUUUUCCAAAUAACAUCUCUUACAAUGUUACAAUUCGGGGUUUCCUUCAAAGCAAUGACCUGUUGAGAGCUAUGAAAAUUCUUCAUGAAAUGGUAAAUAAAGGAUUUUAUGCUGAGUCAUCUACAGUAGUCAUGUUAGUAGACCAUUUGUCAGUGAGUGAAGACGAUCAACCAACUAUGAGAUGA